AUGGCGACGAGGAACGGCACGAGCAAGGCCGUGCCCGGCACGCUCCUGCUGGUCGUGCACGACUUCCACGCAAGAAGCAACGACGAGUUGACCUUGGCCAAAGGCGACAGAGUGGAACUGAUCGAGAGAGAUGACGACUUUGGCGAUGGCUGGUUCCUCGGCCGGAAUCUGACCAGCGGAGGCAACGGACUGUUCCCUGAAGUCUAUACCACACCUGCCCCCAAGGGUACGCUGACCACGCCCAACAAGUUCCGCCCAAAUAGCGCCUCCAACAAUGCUCCGCUCAUUGCCGCGCAGGGUGCUGUCGCCGCCCUGGCUGCUUCGUCCAAACCGCAACAACCCGCACCCACCGCCGCUCAGACGGGCGAUUCGGACGUCAUGAGCCCGCAGCCUCCAGUAGCGUCAACGGUCCUGCGCACGUCCUUGCCCGGUCCCGCAACAGCAGGCGCGAGAAGCUUCACAAUCACCUCGGACUCCCCGGUCAUGAGCGAGACGCUCUCCGUCAUCGAUGAGCAUAUCACCGACAUGAAGUCGCCGCGCGCAUCCUAUGCCAACGGAAACAAACGCGACACCGUGAGCAGCGCCUACUCAUCUCAGCCCCCACUUAUACGCCAAUCCUAUAUUGCCGGCCAUGAGACCGAUGAAGAAGAACAAGCUACGCACGGUGAAGAUGAGGUAAUGGGGUGGAGUCCAGCACGUGUGGCCGAAUACCUCGAGGAUCACGGUGUGGAGAAGGCGCAUUGCGAAGUGUUCAUCGAGCAAGAGAUCAGUGGGGAGGUUUUGCUGGCAAUGGAUCAGAACAGCCUGUUUAUCAAGGAGUUCGAGCUUGGUUCGGUGGGGCGAAGGUUGAAGACGUGGCACAAGAUCAAAGCGUUACAAGACGAAGUCAAGUCUUCACCCGCACAGGAUGCAGAACGAAGCGCUUCAGAAUACUCGCUCCCGCUGGAGGACGACAGCAACAAAUUCGACUCGGGUAGAAACCGCAGUUCGACGAUUGGAGCUCCUUCUCUGCCGAGAGCACUUACCACCAAGCGAGCGAGUGGAGACACUGCCCCUCCCAUGCCGGUUAGGAGCAGCACGCUACAAACACGCCACAUCUCGCACUCGGCGACACCGUCCAUGACCAUGGGCAAGCGCGAUAGCAUGGGCGUAUCACCACUUCAAAGUAUGACGGCGAUUUCCGCACGUCCAGAGAACACCUUUAGACCAUCUGCGCAGAGCGUUCGCAACAUGAACCACUCUCGCAGACACUCCAGCAUCGACUCGACAUCCACGGACGGUGCAAAUCGUUUGAGCCACAGGAAGCAGCCGUCAAUCGAUCAGAAAUGGCAACCUGGACAGCCGGUUAAUGGCCGGCAUGGACACACCACAAGCUACGACUCGCAGUUUCCGCAGCGCAAGUCCAGCAUUGUGGCUCCUUCGUCCCCAAGCGACCUUGAUCGUGGCUACUUCUCUUCCAACGAAGCCGAGACACGCAACAGGAGGAGUGUCUUGGUUAAGCGCAAUUCGGCCGCCAUCAGCCCAGUCCAUUCAAGAAACAGCAGCGUUCUGGGCAAUGGCGCGCAUCCAGGGCUCAUCGCUGACACUGAAGGAUACCGAGAUCCCGUCAGCCCGAUUGUCCCAUCGUCGCAUCACGUCAACGCAAUGAAUGCGGUAAAGCAGAAGUUUGGAGGCUAUAGAUCUGCAACCACACCAGGCGCUAACGGCUCAUCGAAAACAUCGGCAGCCAGUCCGAUUAGCCCCGUGGUGACGAGACUCGAUUCUGACAGCAAACAAUCGCUCAACGCAAUCGCUGCAAGCCCGACUAAGAUUGAAGACAAUGCCAGCGAGGCGUCUAGCGAGAAGCCCACUCCUAGUCCUUCUGGUAUCAACCUCAGCAUGUUCUCUCAGGCAAAGGCCAAAUUCACCGGAAAGCGAUCUAUAAGUGAUGCGAUCACCAAAGACGAGAAGGUGGUGUCACCGAUCAAAGUCAGCUCUCCAACACGGACAGGCACGGGCUCAUCUACGCCAAGCACCGAGAACCGAAGCCUGGACAUCACAAAAACCGAUACGGCCAUUACACGCGAAUCAACGGGUUCUGGCAACAAUCUCCUGCCGCCGCCACCUCCUAGCACGAAGAGACCGCGAGCAAAGUCAAAGAAGACUACCUCGGCGUACACACGUGGUCUGGAGAAGAAGACGCCUCAUGAGCAGAUGCUGACCUGUGACUACUCUGGCUGGAUGAAGAAGAAGAGCGGGUCCUUGAUGGCUACUUGGAAGACACGGCUGUUCAUUCUUCGAGGCCGCCGUUUGUCUUACUAUUACAGUACUGACGAUACGGAGGAGAAGGGCCUCAUCGACAUUUCCUUCCAUAGAGUCCUUCCCGCGGCGAACGAGACGCUCACCGGCGUACUUGCUACAGUCACUGGAGCUGGAGGAAGUCCUUCUAGCCCCACUACUGCAUCGUUCCCUACCAUCGCCCAACAGGACCUCAGGAAUCACCCCCCGAAGAACGAUGAAGACGACGAAGGCACCUUCAUCUUCAAGCUUGUACCGCCCAAGGCUGGUCUGGCCAAGGGUGUCACCUUCACCAAACCGACUGUGCACUACUUCGCCGUCAACUCUCGUCAAGAAGGACGACUUUGGAUGGCCGCUCUCAUGAAGGCCACAAUCGACAGAGACGAUACUGGCGUGGUCACUACGACAUACAACCAGAAGACCAUCAGUCUUUCGAAGGCUCGAGCUAGGCGCGAACGUCCUCCAGCACUGAAGGAAGAAACCGUCGAUGGCCGCGCAGAGCUUGACGCGGGAGACGAAUCGGGCGACGAGCAAGGCCUUGGCAUCAAUGGGCUGAACGAAAAGGGAUCGACUGUUGCUGGUGCCGAGCAGGAAAAGCAAGUCAACCCUGAAGAUGCAAGCUCGAUCGUGGCCAGCACUGUGACCGUCAGCGAGCCCGAUGGCCUCAACGGGAAAGAGCGAGAAGCAAUUGCUCUCAACUCAUGA